AAAACCAGAUAGUGAUUUUGAGGUUUCAAGAACUGACCUAGAGCUACGUGACAUACUGAGGAGACGGGUGAUUUUUACGAACCCAGACGAAUGGCUGCAUGAUCUGGCACCUUACUGAGUUCAGAAAAAGCAGCUUCUUGUUUUUUGGAGUGAUUCGUUUUGCUUUUCUUUUAAAAAUUGUCCAAGGCAAAGAACUGGGCCGCAAGCGAAGAAGCAAAAACAGGAUAGAAGCACGGGAUUGACAAGGACGGCUGAGCGUCAUGCGAGAGGAACAGUCUUGUGGCGACUUUCCCGAGGGUGGGGUCCUACCCAGUGAAGAGGAGCAAGAACGUCGACCUAACAAGUGCACCGUCGUUGUUGCACCACCAACAGGUGCUCGAAAGCGGCUGACAGGUCCUAAGAAAGAGCCUGGUACACCCCUAAAACUGGACGACAAGACGUCACCAGAGGGCCCAUCCACGAUCGUUCCCUCUUGCCCCAAGCGGCCCAAGAGAAGUUCUCCUCCUUCCUCAUCGACCUCUGUGGCCUCCCUAGUGCCCACCGUGAGCUCGGUGUCACCUGUGCCCGGGCAACCGUUCGAGGACCUCCACACGCAACGAGUGAUCGCUAAUGUCCGGGAACGGCAGCGCACACAGUCCCUAAAUGACGCAUUCGCCUCACUGCGGAAGAUCAUCCCAACGUUGCCUUCAGACAAACUGAGUAAGAUUCAGAUCCUCAAACUGGCUUCAAGAUACAUCGACUUUCUCUACCAGGUUCUCCAGAGCGAUGAGAUGGAUGCCAAGCUGGCCAGCUGUAACUACCUGGCCCACGAAAGACUGAGCUACGCCUUCUCCGUUUGGAGGAUGGAGGGCGCUUGGUCCAUGUCCGCCACUCACUAGACGUUCACCCAUUCCUGAUCCUCCCUGCCGACCCUACAGCCCGAUACAACCCUCCAGAUCCAACCAGCCUCUGAACUCUGAACCUGCAGUCUGCCCCAGAGAAAGUGACUCUGAUUUUUAAAUCUAUCGCUGUCUGUCUACUAGCUAUGGCUUCAAAUUCACCAGCAACAGCCAAUUGACUCCUGCUGCCAUGACUUGACCCUGCCUAAAGCUGACCUCUGACCUUCCAACACUGAACUUUUUACUUCUUCUCAGAGCAACCAUCUAAAGGUAUGUCAGUGAAAUGUUAUAAAUGAAAUAUGGUAUCUGAUAUGAGCACAUGGAUCUGGUUUAGUCCAAGUUGUUUAUCUGAAAGUUCGCGCUUCUCUAUCGCAAAUAUGAAAAAAUGACUUGGUUAUUGAUUAUGGACUUGUUGUGUUUAUUUUAUUACAUAGGCUACCACAUAAGAUUGGUGUUUAAUGAAUUUAGGGGCUAUAUUUACCUUUCCUCAAUUUAUGUGGAAUCAUGCAUAAUCAAACAUGCUCCCAAAAUGAAUUAAUUCCACAGAGAAUGCAGAGUGCAUUAUGUUCGUAAAUAUCAGAAUUCAUACAGACCGAGGUUGUACUGUGUGCUGUUUUAAAUAGUGCUGAUCAUGGACGCUCUGUGCCCAGUUACAACAAACCUCAAAUUAAGACAUUACUUUUAAUAAUAUAAUAAUCUGUAAGGGUAUUAACACCUACAUUAUUUUUUUCAGGGGUUUGUUGUAACUGCCUCCUGGCCCUUAGUGUGGCUUGGGCAGCUCUAGAACUGAACCUGUUUUUGUGGCUGAACCUUUAACCAGCUGGAGUAGCCAACAGUUAACCUGUUUCAGAAUCACAUUUACACUGCAAAUUCAAUAGCAUGAAACAAUAAAUAAAUUAAAUAAACUAAAUGCACAUACAUAAAUGAAAAGUUUUUUCAAUGGUGCAUAAUAAUUUUCCAAGUAUUGUGUAAAUUUUAUCUUGACUGUAUAAUAGACUCAGUGUCUGGUUAAAUAUCUUCAGGCAUUAGAAGCAAACUCUUUGGGUAUUUAUUAAUUUAUUUAUCGCACAACAGAAAGGUACAAAAAAUUAUUAAAAAAAACUGUCUUAAAGAGGACAUUUUUACAAUGUGCUGGAUAUUAAUGGCUUUACUGUCCUUUUAAUAAUUAUUUGCAGAAAUAAGCUGAUCUAAAUGUUGUACUCAUUUAAAAUGGACCAAAUGCUAACAAUUUCAGAUUUGUCCAAAUAGUAAUAGGUGUUCAGCAAUAGGAAUUUGUAACUCCAAACAUGUCAAUUAGUUAAAAAAAAAAAGAUUAUAUAUAUAUAUAUGAUAAUAAUAAAAUGCAUAAAAAUGCAUGCUGUCUCAAAAAUGUGAGAGAUAAUAGUCCUUUUGAAAAUGCAACAUGAAUGCAAAACUCCUCUUAAGAUUCUGCAGUUUCCACUUAUACACACAGAAGAAGAACAGAUAUUAAUCAUACACCCAUUGACAAAUUUAUAUUGAUUUCAUGUGACCUAUGUUUAUCGUAAACACUUACUUGUGCAGUUUACCUAAAUACGAUUAGCACAGCUUCCAGCUUGAGAUAUUUUGCUGCUGAGGUUAUCAUACGCAGGCCUACUUGUGUAGCCUCUCCUUUGGAUUUCAUACAUAUACCACUAUCCCAGAGGACAUCAUGCUUCGACUACAAGCCAACAAUCCUUCCCUUCUUCUAAUGGAGCAAUACAACAAAAUGCAAACAAAAAAAAAGACCUCCACCAUCUAAAGGAUCUAAGAUUGUUCAGAUUAUUCCACAUGACUCUGGAUCAGACUCUGAUUGAGUGGCAGAGUGCUGAUUUGUGAUCAGUGUUCAUUGACUUUGAUUAUGCAUGGACACGCAGAGGCAGACUGACUGCCAUAAGGACUCUACACUUAUAGCUAACCUAUACCAGCUAGCCUGAUGGAAAAAAUGCUUCGUAGACUCACUAUAUUCCCUGAUAUACAGAUCUGAUCAGAGUUGUUGUGCUUGUCAUUAAUGCUGUAUAUUAGCCAACAUUAUUACUUCUGUGACAGUGUAGCAAUUGUGUCAUGGUAUAUACCACAUCCGUCUAAAUGUAAAGGUUGUUACGUUUAAAAAAAAUAAAGCUGUAAGAUUAAUUCUGCAA